AUGGAAUAUGAAAACACCAAGUCUAGUUCAAUGAACUGGGGGGAUAUAACGGAGAUUGAGGAUGAAAAAAUGGACAAUACAACGCCUGAGACCAGCAGCGAUCAGAUCCAGGCUGAAGAAGUCACAACAGAGGAGCAAAAAAAUGCUCCCCAAGAAAGUGAGGAAGGAGGUCCCAGGCAGUACCACAAUCACUCCCGGGGACCCCCUCGUCCAUGCUACCCCUACCACGGACCCCCACAACCACCAUAUCCCUACCGUGGACCCCCUGCCCCACCGAAUAACAGACCCUCAUAUCAGCCAUACAGAGGUCCCCCUGGUCCACCACACCAUGGAUCCCCUCAUCAUCAAUAUGGACCCCCUCGCCCACUGUACCAGGUUCAUGAUCGCCCUCCUUGGAUGCGGGACAUUGAGAGUCUAAAGAGUAAGCUCAGAGAUCGGACCGGCAAACCCAAAGAGAUGUCCCUUGAGCUAAAAGACGUGUCCUCCAAGCUUGAAGAGGAGAAAGAGACAAUAGCCAAAUUAGAGACCGAGAAUAACAAAAAAGAGAAAAAGAUUAAUGAUCUCCUUGGAUGGAGGACCAAAGAGAAGCUCAUCGGGGUCAUUGAAGCUCAGAAUAAAAAUCUCCAGGAAAAAGCCUCAGGGGUUUCACUCCAAAACAAGACCCUGAGAGCUCAGAAAGAGGUCCUGGAGCAGGACAAUAAGACCCUGAGAGCUCAGAAAGAGGUCCUGGAGCAGGAUAACAAGACCCUGAGAGCUCAGAAAGAGGUCCUGGAGCAGUGA